AUGCCCAAGGGUGACGGAGACUACGUCAAGGCCAAGGGGCUCCAGGGCUGGGCCCUUCUCAAGCUCACCAAGGAGCACAUCGUCGCCAGCGACCGCCAGCACGUCCUUGAUGGGCGCAACGGCGACAAGUCUGACUCCCUGCGGCACCUCGUGCAGGACCUAUGGGUCAACAGCAGCAUCAGGGACCUCGGCCUCCACCGAUUCCAGAAAGGCUACGAGCCAUGGGGUGCUGGCGAGGGCACGGUCCUGACACGCCGACUGGAGCUCAAGAUGCUAGGUAGACCUGGUGACGGCUGGGUGCCGGAAAUGCGGCUGUCGACGUCACGGCACUUCAAGCUGUCCGACGUCGCAAUCCACCAGCAGCGGAGGGGCUACUACGACAUCGAGCUCAACCUUACCACCCUCAAGAACCACGACGCCGACCACACGGCCGGUGUCGAGUUCAAGCCAUACCUCACGGCAGUGGAGAAGCUCGGCAACAUUCAGCUUGAGCUCGCCACGAGCAUCAUCCCCCAACUCAUCCACGAGGGGGUGUUGUACGCCCGGACACGACGUGGUCGAAAACUCAUCAAGGACAUGGACGCGUUUCUUCGGUCGGACGCGGCGGAGUUCUACCUUGACGACCCGAAGGGAAGGCCCCUCUUCCCGUGCUGGGAUCGGGCCUUCGCCUUCAGCGGGACGCCGCUGACCGCGUCAGAGCUCGAAAUCAAGCUCAGGUGCCUUGGCGCCGACCGCUCAACUUUCGGUACGGCAUAG